AUGACAGCAGAGCAGCGAGGUAUAUACAAUGAUAUAACUGAUGCAGUUUUAAAGAAUUUAGGGGGUGUAUUUUUUGUAUAUGGCUUCGGAGGAACUAGUAAAACUUUUAUGUGGAAGACACUAUCAGCUGCUAUUAGGUCUAGAGGAAUGAUUGUUCUUAAUGUGGCAUCAAGUGGCAUUGCUUCUUUGUUAUUGGAAGGGGGUCGGACUGCGCAUUCUCGGUUUGCAAUUCCUAUCAACGUAAACGAUUAUACCCUUUGUCGUAUAAAGCCUAAUUCUGAUCUUGCGAACCUAAUAAAAGAAACAUCUUUGAUUAUUUGGGAUGAAACACCAAUGAUGAGCAAGUAUUGUUUUGAGUCUUUGGAUAGAAGCUUUGCUGAUAUUAUGGGGAACAUAGACAACAAAGUGUUUGCAGGAAAGGUUGUUGUUUUUGGAGGUGACUUUAGGCAAGUGCUUCCUGUAAUCAAUGGAGCGGGUCGGGUAGAAAUUGUUAUGUCAGCUCUAAAUGCCUCUUAUCUUUGGGAUCAUUCUGUUGGUGAUGGUAGGAUUUCAGAGCCUAACGACGGUGAGGCAAUCAUUGAUAUUCCAGAGGAGUUUCUGAUAACUGAAGCAGAUAAUCCAAUAAAAGCAAUUAGUCUGGAAAUUUAUGGGAAUCUAGCAUUGUUAGGAGAUGUGAAUGAUCCUAAAUUUUUUCAAAGCAGAGCCAUUUUAGCCCCAACCAACGAGGAUGUCAACACUAUCAAUCAGUAUCUCCUCGAGAAGUUGGACAGUGAAGAGAGGAUUUAUUUAAGUGCUGAUAGCAUUGACCCUACUGAUUCAGAUUCUUUGUCGAAUCCUGCGAUUACACCAGAUUUUUUAAACAGUAUCAAGAUAUCGGGCUUGCCAAAACAUGAUUUACGUUUGAAGAUUGGUGCUCCGGUUAUGCUGCUUCGUAAUAUUGAUCCUAAAGGUGGGCUAUGUAAUGGAACCAGGCUUCAAAUUACACAGAUGGCAAAUCAUGUUUUGGAAGCAAAAGUAAUCACAGGAGAUAGAGCAGGUGAUAUUGUAUUGAUUCCUAAGAUUGAUCUAACACCUUCGGAUACAAAGUUGCCUUUCAAAAUGCGUAGAAGACAGUUUCCAAUCUCCGUUGCAUUUGCGAUGACUAUAAACAAAAGUCAAGGCCAAUCACUAGAGAAGGUGGGACUUUAUUUGCCAAAACUGGUGUUCUCUCAUGGUCAGCUCUAUGUUGCUUUAUCUAGGGUUACUUCUAAGAAAGGGUUGAAAAUUUUGAUCGUUAACAAGGAAGGAAAGAUCGAAAGACAAACUACUAAUGUGGUUUUCAAAGAGGUGUUUCAGAAUUUGGAUUAA